AUGCUGGAUCCCCGGCGCAUCUACUCCGACAUUCCACCAGAUAUUCGCACCAAGUUAGACGACAACCCCACGCUGUUGGUGAGCUGGUGGACCACGGCGUUCUCGCUGGCCAUUAUCGUAACGCGUGUCUGCGGUCGGUAUGUCCGCAUCGAGCGCUUCUUCCGCGAAGAUAAGGUCAUGAUGGCCAGUAUCAUCCCGUUGCUGGCUCGCAUGGCCUUGGUCCACGUUAUCCUGAUCUGGGGCACCAACAAUACGAAAACAGACGGCUUAACGGAGGUAGAGAUUCGACAUCGCGUUAUCGGGAGUAGGCUGGUUCUGGGGGCGAGGAUAUUCUAUGCGAUCUUUAUCUGGAUGGCCAAGUUGACGGUCUGCGAGUUUCUCCGGCGAGUGGCCGGCAUGAUCUGGCGACGAUCGAUCCGACUGUUCCUGCUGUUCCUCUACUACUUUCUCGGGUCGACGCUCGUGGCUGUCCUGAUCGCCACGCUGGCCGAGUGCCAGCCUUUCCAUCACUACUGGCAGGUCGUGCCAGACCCCGGUCCGCAGUGUCGACUGGGGUAUGCCAACCUCAUCACGAUGGGCGUGUGUGAUGUGAUUACCGAUAUCCUCCUCGUGGUCUUCCCGAUCCCCUUGGUCGUCAUGUCUAACAUGACGAUGAAGCGCAAAGUCGCGCUCGUCGUCCUCUUCGCUCUCUCGUUAAUCCUCGUCGGCAUCACCUGCUACCGCGUCCCCUCCGUCAUCCACCACAACGGCUCGCAACAGUACCGCACCCUGCUCGCGUCUCUCGAGAUCCUAGCCGCCACGGCCGUCUCCAACGCCGUCGUCAUCGGCUCCUUCGUACGCGAUAAAGGCGUUAAGAAAGCCAAGUACAAGAAAGCCCAAGGCUCCGCCUCCGUCAGCGAGAGUCUUGACCACACCACCGUCCGUCGCGCCACCGUCACCCAUCACCAAUGGGGCUCCGACUCCGACCUUGCCGGCGAUCUAGGGAUCCGCCUAGACGCCGACCUCUGUUCGUCCGAAAACCAAGGCCCACGACCUGCCCCGGUCGCCGGACCCUAUCAGCCUUAUGGAACACAUCCGGGCACCACCGCGGGCCUCAACCCAGUCUGGUCCUUCAACCACCCAUCCACCAUCACCACCGACGACGAAGGCACCUCCACGACCGGCAGUCUGGACAUAAAAAUAAGCCCUCAUGAAUACAUCGAAACGAACAAACCCUCCACCAUCCCGCACCCGUCCUCUUCCCCCGGAAAAGUCUCCUUCUUCGACGUCGGCGGCCUUCUCGACCCGUCCCCUUCAACAUCUACCCUGCACGUCCCCGGCACAAACCCUCAUCAUCCUAAUCCUCACCCUCACCCUCUAGCCUCCAACCCCAACCCCAAUCCAAAUCCUCCCCGGCGCACCCGCACCCGCACCCGCUCUCGCACGGGAAGCCUGGCCUUCCUCCAAGACGUCGGCGGCCUUCUCUCCACGUCCACGUCCACGUCCACCCCCACCUCACCAACCUCACCAACCCACCCCGGCGCCCUCCGCACAUCCAACCUUUCCUCUUCCUCAUCAGAACGCCCUCGACGCGGCUCGAGCGUGCAUUUCGACAGCGUGCCGUCACCUGAAUCACCCGUCCCGUUAUAUCGCUCGCAGCAGCAGCAGCAGCAGCAGCCGGGUUAUCGUCAUUCCGGGUCGAUUCCGGAGGGUCGCGACGAUGUGGAACUUCAGGAUGUUGGGGGGUUGUUGAGGAGAGACCGGACCGGUUAUGGCCUGUCCCCGGGGAUUAGUCAGGAAGAGCAGCUCGGCGGAGAUAAAACGGUCUGGGUAGACCCCCAUGGAGGCGCUGAGGUGGAGGAAGGGGGGCCCCUAUGGACCGGAGGCCGAAGUUUGGCUACGUGGGAGUCCCGAAAGGCGCACGUGCUCGCCCCGUGGGAGCUCCCACUUAACUGCGAAAGCCAGAGGCAGAUCUGGUACUCUGACGGCAGCGGCUUUAACGGCCAGGUAGGGGGCGCUGCAGUCUCGAUUCGGGCCGGGAAGGUCCGCAAGAAAUACCUAGGAGCCGCAGCUGACUCCACUGUGUACGUGGGAGAGCUAGAGGGGGUCAAAACGGCCCUAAAGUGGGCAGAGGCUACCCCGAUCACGGUCUUUUCAGACAGCCAGACGGCCAUUCAAGCCGUGCAGAACCCUGGCCGACCAUCAGGUCAGUACGUACUACGGGCUAUCUACGAGAGGAUCAGGACCCUGAGAGGCAGGGGCCUGCAGCAGGGAGAUAUGGAGCUGCGCUGGAUCCCUGCGCAUAUCGGUGUAGAAGGGAAUGAACGAGCUGAUGAGGCAGCCAAGCGGGCCGCGAUAAAGGGAAUUGAAUUAAGCUCAGUAGGGCCGCGGGAGCUGGCCGCUCGGCUAAUCACGAGACUCGCAGCUGCAGCCAAAACUGACGUCCGCCGGAGAAUCCAGGCGCAGUGGGCGAAGUGGUGGGUGCGACAACGGGUUGGAAAGCCUACCAAACGGCUGGUUCCGAAGCCGAAUAAGAAGCAGUUCCGAUCCGCCACGUUUAACGACAAGGAGGACGAGGAGGUCCCGGAACCCAGCACCCUCCUAGAGGGACUCGAUCUAAACGAGGAAGACGAUGGUUACACAGAACGCCAAGGGCCAGAGAGUCUCAACUGGCUAUACGACGCGCACAUGCAGGAAUACUACAAAUAG